AUGAGCAUCUCUCUUUUCAGCUCUCUCGAAGGGUGCCAAGAUGACGAUGUUAUCAGUCCGAAGGCCAAUGAAAAGGAUAUCUAUGUCCAACUUGUCAUCUCGAUGGGCUUGGGAGUUUCUUCUUUCAUAGCAUUUUGCAUACUACGUCCGCGAUGGAAGAGCCUCUAUGCGGCCCGAAAACGACAUAGCGAUGCAGCCAUGGCUCUGCCGGAUUUACCGGAUACUUUUUUCGGCUGGAUACCAGUGCUAUUCAAGGUGACAGAAGAGCAAGUCCUCGCAUCUGCUGGAUUAGAUGCGUUUGUGUUCCUGUCGUUCUUCAAGAUGGCGAUAAAAUUCCUCGGAGUCGCAUUCAUCUUAGCAGCAGUGAUCAUCGCACCGAUAAAUAAGCACUUUGUUGGACUCGACUUGAGUGGAGGGGACAGGAAAGACAACGAAACGACUGCCGAUGCUUCCAGCUCCCACUACGUAUCACAAGGAUUUGUGUAUAUAUACGCAGCCGGGAAAGGCAAACAUAAGGUCGAAGAGGAUGAAAGUUAUCUGUGGGCAUAUCUGGUGUUUACAUAUGUUUUCACGGGGCUGGCCAUCUACUUCCUCAUUGCCGAGACUCGAAAAAUCAUCAAGGUCAGACAAGACUAUCUGGGAAGCCAGUCAACGAUUACCGACAAAACCAUAAGGAUUUCGGGCAUUCCAGAAGAACUGAGAUCAGAAGAAAAAAUUAUAGAGAUCUUGGAGAAACUGAAGAUAGGCAAAGUGGAAAACGUAACUCUUUGCCGCAAUUGGAAAUUCCUGGAUGACUUGAUGGAAGAAAGGGCAGCGACGCUCCGAAAGCUCGAAGAAGUGGUUUCUGUUCAUUUCAAGAGGCAAAGGGCCCAAAGAAACUUUGAGCGCGCAUCUGAAACCCCAACGGAAUAUCAUGACGAUCCUGAUCAAGACGAGAAUGAAGAUCGGGACGAGGGUGAUAAUUUGUUGGACAACGCCUCCAUUGAAGUGUCAUUAUAUGGCCAGCCGCGCCCUACAACUCGGAUCCGAGGCGGAUUUUGGAACCUGUCAACCAAAAAAGUGGAUGCUAUUGAUUACUACGAGGAGUAUCUACGAAGACUCGACGAGAAGAUCAAGGAUGCGAGAAAAAAGGAGUAUACGGCCACUCCACUAGCCUUUGUUACUAUGGAUUCUAUCCCGGCUGCUCAAAUGGCUGUCCAGGCUCUCAUUGACCCAACACCUUUGCAAUUCCACGCUUCUCUUGCACCGGCGCCAUCAGACAUAGUAUGGUCAAACACAUACCUGUCACGGUCUAGUCGAAUGUUGAGGUCUUGGAGCAUCACUAUCUUCAUUUUGAUUCUGACAGCCAUCUGGCUUAUCCCAGUUGCGUCAUUAGCAUCGUUGCUAAACAUAUGUUACAUCGAAAAGUUUGCUCCCAAACUUGCAGCAGUUUUGUCCCGCCAUGACAUUAUCAGAGCUCUUGUGCAAACGGGUCUUCCCACUCUCGUUGUGUCUUUACUCAACGUGGCAGUUCCGUUCUUAUAUGACUUCCUUGCGAACUAUCAAGGCUCAAUCUCCCAAAGUGACGUGGAGUUGUCUGUGAUAUCCAAAAACUUUUUGUUCACCUUCUUCAACUUUUUCCUCGUCUUCACGGUCUUUGGAACGGCGAGUAAAAUUUGGCCUGUUUUGCAAGAUUCUCUUAAGGAUUCAACGAAGAUCGCAUACAACCUGGCGACAUCUCUACAAACCCUUGGAUUAUUCUACACGAACUUUAUCAUGCUCCAGGGGAUUGGCUUGUUCCCGAUGCGAUUGCUAGAGUUUGGCAGCGUGUCUUUGUAUCCUAUCAUGCGAUGGGGAGCGGAAACACCAAGAGAUUUUGCAGAACUUGACCAACCGCCAGUAUUCAAGUAUGGGUUCUACCUUCCGACAUCGCUCCUUGUUUUCAUUUUAUGCGUUGUCUACAGCAUACUCCCAGCAGGGUUCCUGGUCCUUUUAUUUGGGCUCAUUUACUUUGUCCUUGGCUACUUCACAUACAAGUACCAACUUCUUUACGCAAUGGACCACCCGCAACACGCAACAGGUGCAGCAUGGACUAUGAUAUCUUACCGCAUCAUGCUGGGUCUUGGUAUCUUCCAACUGGCAAUGGCGGGAGUGAUUGCUCUGAAGCAAGCCUUUACGGCGGCUCUUCUCGUCCUGCCACUUAUAAUGUUCACCAUGUGGUUUAGCUAUUUCUUCGCCCGAACUUUUGAGCCUUUAACUAAAUAUAUUGCGCUACGAAGCAUACGACGAGAUAACAACGAGGAAGUCAACCUUGCUGACGAAUACCUCGGCAUCCAUCGACCACCCGGACGCAUCCGUCGUCGCAGUACUAUAGAUGAGGAUAGGGAAAGGGAUCAAAAGUUUGUCAACCCAAGUUUGGUUGUACCAGAAAAUGUGGAUUCACCAGAGGCCCAGCGCUGGUGGGGAAACACCAAGAACACUGGAGCACGAAGAGAGCACCGCGAGCUCUAUUAG